AUGGAUGCCAUUGCUGACCCCACUUUCCAACAUACAAAAGUAAGAUCAUCGAUCACGGAGGAAACUCCUUCCCUUCUCACAGUUAUAGUUGAUAUAACUCCAAAACUAUGGGCAGAAUUAGAUGAAGAGAUAAACGAGAAGGGGAACCUAAUUAACGUUCUAAAGUCACUGUUAGUGUUCCUUAAUGCGCAUUUAGCAUUCAAUAGUUCGAAUCAGGUGGCUGUUAUAGCUGCACAUUCACAAGGAAUCAAAUAUCUUUUCCCAAAGAAUAGUAUUAGUGUGAAAGGUGUUAAUUCUGGUAAAAAAGAUCUUUCAAUUAUCAAUAAAGAUAUGUAUAGACGGUUCAGAAAUGUGGACGAGACAUUAGUGGAUGAACUAUACGCACUAUUUGAAGAAGAGCUGAAACAGGUGAAUACCGUAACCCAAAAAAGUACACUUUCAGGAGCCAUGUCUGCAGGGCUAACGUACAUUAACAGAGUAACGAAGGAGUUAGAAGCUAUAUCAUUGAAAUCCAGAUUAAUGGUGCUAACUUGUGGUGGUAAGGGUGAAAGUAAAGAUGAAAUAUUUCAAUAUAUUCCAAUUAUGAAUUGUAUUUUCUCCGCAACGAAGAUUAAAUGUCCUAUUGAUGUUGUGAAGAUUGGGGGAUCGAAAGAAAGUACCUUCUUACAACAGACCACAGACGCUACUAAUGGUGCAUAUCUACAUGUCGAAUCUACAAAGGGACUUAUACAAUAUCUGGCGACAGCUAUGUUUAUAGAUCCAUCUUUAAGGCAAAUAAUCGUGAAACCAAACCAUGGCUCUGUUGACUUUAGAACAUCAUGUUACUUAACAGGUAAAGUUGUUGCAGUGGGAUUUAUCUGUUCUGUCUGCUUAUGUGUGUUAUCUAUAAUUCCUCCAGGAAAUAAGUGUCCUGCUUGUGAUUCUGAGUUUGAUGAACAUGUUAUAGCUAAAUUAAAGAAGAAGCCAGUUGUCCCUAGAGUCGCCAAAAAGGGGAACAAAACUGCAGUAAAGAAGUGA